CAACAACCGGAACCAGGAAAAACAUCUAGUUAGUUACACGUGUGCCUCUUCAUCGGCUUCAAACAAACGUAUCAUACCAAAAGCUUCAGCUUCUAGUCGAGCACAUCGCUGUCCCCUGCCUGACAUCCUGUGUGUGUAAGUCAGUGGGCCAGAUGUCCUUUCCCACCCCGUUGUACUCCCAUGCGGGCCGCGGGCCUUUCACUGACGUGUACGAGCCAGCCGAGGACUCCUUCCUCUUGAUAGAUGCCCUUGAGCAGGAUGCUGACAGACUGAAGAAAAUUAGCCCCUCUGUGUGUCUAGAGGUGGGCAGUGGCUCUGGGGUGGUGUCCGCCUUUCUGGCAUCCGUGAUCGGACCUACAGCUCUGUACCUCUGUACCGACGUGAACCCCGCAGCAGCCCAAUGCACUCUGGAGACGUCUCGCUGUAACGCCGUUAGUCUGCAGCCUAUCAUCACUGACUUGGUGGACUCUCUCUUGCCAAGGUUGUGUGGAAAAGUGGACGUUCUUUUAUUCAACCCUCCUUAUGUCAUCACACCAUCAGAAGAGGUGGGUAGCCAUGGCAUUGAGGCAGCCUGGGCUGGUGGGAGGUGGGGCCGAGAGGUGAUGGACAGGUUCUUCCCGCUGCUUCCAAAGCUACUGUCCAAUCAGGGGUUGUUUUACCUGGUCACUGUGGCAGAGAACAAUCCAGAGGAGAUCACCAUUCUGCUGAGGAAGUUUGGCCUACAGGGAGCACCUUGUCUGUCCCGACGAACUGGUCCAGAGAGCCUGUCUGUUCUGCGCUUCCACAGAACAACGUGAUCCUCCCUGUCCCACAGAGGAGACCAUGAACCUGCUGCUCCGACCACAGCGGUUUCAGCUUCAUCUCAACAACCAUGAGUGAUCACCUGAACUUUAACAUAAAUUGAGUGAAAGCCACAGUGGGUUCAUGGGAGCAUUGGUCAAAUAAGUGACCAUGUCUCAAGACUUUAACCCAAUGCACUAUACAAAGGCUAACAGGUUGUCCAUGCUAAUGAGUGUUCAAGUCUCCUUGAAUCGGUUUGUAUUGGGAGAGGAUCCAGUCAGUGUCAGUAUUGAAGACAUGUUGUACAGGUAGAGUUGACAUGCAGACUACACCGGGCACGCGCAUGUUGAUUUUAUUCAUCCACACCAGACCCCAUAAGGAGACGCAGGUUAAAAUAUCUAAAUGAACUCUGAACCAACUAUAUUAAUUUGGGGACAGGUCGAAACAUUCAUGGACAUUUAGCUACCUUGUUAUUGCUAGCUGAUUUGUCCUGGGAUGAAAUUAAACAUUGGGUUGUUAUUUUACCUGAAAAGCACAAGGUCCUUUUUUCCCCUGGAUCUCAGUAGAAUGCUGACCCAUUGAGUCACACACAAUUGUGUGUUCUCUACACAAUUAAUCCAGAUAAAAGGGGAAACCUAGUUAGUUAAGUAAUCUCUCCUCCUUCAGUCUUCUGUGGACUUUAUAUGGUGGUUGGCCGCCAACUAUGCUCCUAAAAACCAAUGAGGAGAUGGAAGAGGCGGGACUUGCAGCGCGUCACGUGUCAAAUAGUUAUUUUAGCGCCUAGCUGCGCAGACACUCGUGAACAGUUUGAUUAACGUGAACAUUUAUUUUGGAACGCAAGCAGUGUGGUCAGCAAGUGACUGACCCAAAGAUUGUCUUUGGACUCAUUUCAUUUUGGGGCUCGAUUCAAUCCAUGACGCUUAAGAUCUGCGAUAUACCGCAGUUCAAAUGUAGAGAUAAUUUCCGAUUGAGGCAACAUGCAGCGUUUACUGUGAGUGGAUGCAGUCCCGCGUACAUGGGAACAUUGCCUUUAAAUUUCAUAUUCAGCGCUACGGAUUGAAACAAGCCUUUAGUUUAUUGCAACAUUGUAGUUUGCACAAUCCUACCUGGGAUGCCAACUAAAGUUUUAAAGGUAUAAUUUGGUAUUUUCUGCUUUUUUGGAUCGAGGGGAGACGGGUGAAUGAGUUCUGCUGAAAUAGCAAUGGGCCGGAUUCGAACACAUGCUGCAACGGAGGCAGCAGUUUAGACCAAAAAUUGUUCACUCAGGCUGCUUACCAUUAGGAGAAAAGUGUUCCCGUCCACUUAGUGUGGCUCUCCCAAUAGACAACAAUGCAGUAGAAUCUGGAUCUGGUCUGCUUAGUUUCACUUCAAUUAAAAAAAAAAGUGGGGUGUCUUGCUUCUUCUUCGGCCUCUGGUUUAGACUGCUAUGCCACCGUAGGCCACUCCAACUGCAGUUUUGUGGAUAUGAAAGUUGUAAGUAAAAAGUUGUUUAAAAUAGAUGAACAACAUCAGUUUAUCAAGGUAUAACAUUUGUUUAUGUAGUUAAAUAUCCCCUGCGUUACUCAGUGUAAAAUGUUCAAAUGUUUUAAACAUACUUCAUGUUUGAGCAGAGUUUAAAUUGGCAGGGUUUAUGGUGAAUGCGAUCUCUACGAAAGUUGGAGUAAUGGCCUUUAGUCGACAGUAACAUUGAAGAUACCUUUAUUUUGAUUAAGGGCACCAACAACAUUCAAACGUGACCUGGACACUGGGAUAUGGAAUAGUGCCAAUGGGGGGAGGGCACCAAUGUCAAUGCUGCACAUUAUUAAAGCUGCUCAGUCAAUUAGAACGUGAUUAGAUGUAAUUAGUUUGGAAGGUUGGAAAACAAAAAGGUCGCAACCAGGAGUUGAACUGGGGACCUUGCGGGUUGCAUGUAAUGAUUUUUCAAACUAGUUUUCAUUGGGAAGAUGGAUAAAGCAAAACGCAGAAUCCUACUCCACGUGCUCGUUGAACAUCUCAUUCCAAAAUUAUAGGCAUUAAUAUGGAGAUGGUCCCCCCCCCUUAACAGCCUCCACUCUUCUGGGAAGGAUUUCCACUAGAUAUUGCUGCAGUCUCAUUUAGCCACAAGAACAUCAGUGAGGUUGGGCAAUUAGGCCUGAACCGCAGUCAGUGUUCCAAUUCAUCCCGAAGGUGUUCAAUGGCGUUGAGGUCGGGGCUCUGUGCAAGCCAGUCAAGUUCUUCCACACCGAUCUUGACAAAUCAUUUCAUACCAGUCAUCCAACAGAUUCCCAUUCAGAGCGACACACAGAAGCAUCCAGGGUCAAUGCCCUGCUCAAGGGCACAUUGACAGAUCUA